CACACCUCGCAACAGCAUCCAUGGUUUGAAGCAUGACGUGCAUAUGUAUGUAGCUAUGUGUUCCAAUGUUGAGCUGGAUGCAUCAUUGCCGUCCGUGCUGCAGGGCAGUGAGAAGCAUGGCUUCGCCUGGUUGCCCCGAUGUCCAGUACCCCAUGGAUGGGAUGGAGCUAUGAUGGCAUAGCGCGCGUCUGUUAUUGAUAUGUCCGCCAUCAUCCUCGUUCCCUAUCCAACCGACGCCGCCUUUGUUCGGCUGUGCUACCAUGCUACACCAGUGUUGAUCUUCAACUGCUGUUAUUGUGCCCGAGAUAGUCAUGACUUGCAAUUCAUUGACCACUCGCGGUGUAGCGCCCCUAGUGUGUGCCUAAGCCGUACAUGUAGCAUCUUGUCCAGCGUCUAAAGGUUAACAUGGCUACAAGUAGACAUUGGGCAAUGGCCCCCCAGUCAUUCAUCCAUCACCACCCUCCUCUGCAACACCGCAACCGCACCUGAAACUGUUUCUCUUCAUCGUCUCCAUACUCGGUGAAACAUUGUUACCAUCUACCAAAACGUGUUCCUUUUUUCUUUCUAGUGUUGUUCUCGCCCACAUUCCAACGUCCACAGGCGACCGACGGACGUCACAAGUUGGCGGCAGAACCCUGUCAACUUGAACUUGCUUGUCCGAGCUUAUUCGCAACCCGCUCCUCUUCCCAUCAAAUAAACAAUCCCACCCUUUUUGCUUUCGCUGCAAACUCUCCCAGUCGUCGGAUAUCCAUUCACAGGCAAUCCUUUCCCAUGUCUCAUCCGCAAUAAUACCUAAUCCACCUCCUCGGCUCCCAACAUACCCACUCAGCCCGCCGCUCGUCGUCGUCGUCAUAACACACGCACGCACCCACGCAGCCGCACCAACAUUCGCCGCCGACGGUUGCUGCUGCCGCCGCUGCGCCUCAGCGACGAUAAACAGACGGCCAUAACAGCGCAUUCGACUCCCGCGACGCAGAAAUCGUCCUCUGCCCUCCUGCCCGUGUGCUUUCAUCAUGGAUUCCGCCGCCCACAUCCUCUCCUCCACCGCCUCGCUUCACCACCAACUCGAUGCACGAUCUGGAGGCAUGGGGGGCGACCCCUCCAACAGACCCCCCGCAUACAAAGUCGUCGGAAUCGUUCUCGCCAUCUCCUCCGGUCUUUUUAUCGGCGUCUCCUUCGUUCUCAAGAAGCACGGCCUACUCAAAGCAAAUGAAAAAUACAAUGAAGAGGCUGGAGAGGGUUAUGGAUACCUCAAGAACUUCUGGUGGUGGACCGGCAUGACCCUCAUGAUUGUUGGCGAAAUCUGCAAUCUUGUCGCAUAUGCUUUUGUCGACGCAAUUCUCGUUACUCCCAUGGGUGCCCUCUCCGUCGUUGUCUGCGCCAUUCUGUCCGCCAUCUUUCUGAAAGAGCGCCUGAGUUUCGUGGGCAAGGUCGGCUGCUUCAACUGCAUCGUUGGCUCCAUUGUCAUCGUUAUCAACGUCCCCGCACAGUCAGCUGUCGCCAACAUUCAGGACAUGAAGAAGCUCGUCAUAGCACCCGGCUUCCUCAGCUACGCUGGCGUUGUCAUCGUCGCCUCGGUUGUCGCUGCUCUGUGGUUGGGCCCAAAGUACGGGAAGAAGACCAUGAUGGUUUACAUCUCCAUCUGCAGUAUGAUCGGAGGUCUCAGUGUUGUCACCAUUCAGGGUCUCGGUGCCGCUGUCAUUGCACAGAUCAACGGCAGCCAUGGCGGGCAAUUCAAGGAAUGGUUCUUUUACGUCCUGUUGGUCUUCGUCGUUGCGACUUUGCUCACCGAGAUCAUCUAUCUGAAUAAAGCACUCAAUCUUUUCAACGCCGCCCUUGUUACUCCCACAUAUUACGUUUUCUUCACCUCUGCUACAAUCGUCACUUCCACGAUCCUGUUCCGGGGUUUCAAGGGCACCGCGUCCUCCAUAUCGACCGUCAUCAUGGGCUUUUUGCAGAUUUGUACUGGUGUUGUGCUGCUGCAGCUAUCCAAAUCCGCCAAAGACGUCCCUGAUUCCGCCGUGUUCAAAGGCGAUCUGGACCAGGUGCGAACCGUCGCAGAGCAGGAAGAGCCCGAGUACGAACCCAGAGCAGACGCGAUUCGAGGCAGUGCCGCUAUUCUCCGCUCCAUGUCCAAGGCGCGCAGUGAAAAGGAGGCUAAGGAACUCGCCCGGAUCAAAGAGGAGCAAAUGCAGGUCAUAGGCGAAGACGAGCAGGUCGAAUGGGACGGUCUCCGCCGACGCAAAACGGUCCUCGACCCCAACCGCCCACCAUCGCGCAAUCCCACACUGGUCCGCCAAAAGACUGUCCACCCACCCCUUGGCAUGUCGCAAUUCCCCACUGACGAUUCCGACGACGAAAGCUUGCAUCCGGGCUUCUUCCAGCGCCUACGGUCCCGAGGGAAAUCCACUAGCAGUUCCAACGCACCCGUAGGCCUCCGCUCUCUGUCCUCGCGCUCUGGUCAACCUAAUACCAGCAAUCUCGAUGGUGCUUCCGACACCGCCUAUCAUCCCCCUCACUCCCCAACCAUCCAAUUUGGUAACCUUCCGCACCCACCCCAUCCACACAGCCCCGAACGCCGCCUUGAAUCCGCCGACUCUCUCCGCCCACCACUCCCUCCUCCCCACACCGCAAAACGCCAAUUCUCAUUCCAAAACGUCUUCGGCCGUAGCCGCGCCGAAUCCACAGGGUCAAAUCAUGCCCCGCCCUCGAGCCGACAUUCACGAAAGAGCAGCCUGAACGCGAAAUCAGAUGCCACCGAGGAGGAGCGUCUGGGCCUCGUUAAGGGUGAUUCGAAUUCGCACAUGCUCUUCCCGAUUGCGAGUCGCGAUAGCAGAGAUGGCAGUCCGGUGCGCGAGGACGAGUACUCGGAUCACGUCGAGACCGUAGACUGGGGAAUGACGAGGAGCGACAGCCCUGCAACGAGAUCGCCUGCGCCGGGACCUCCAGAUGGGAGAGGAGAUAUGAGAAGAGUGCGGACUAGUGAUUCAGAAAGCGACGAUCUAGAUCUGCAGGCCGAGAAAGACUACGAGAAUUUAAGAAGUGGCGGGGGUAAGAGAGGUGGAGGGUCUUCGGGCGCUUUCUUGUAA